GCUGCUGGGCUUCUCUGACGCGCCCCCGUCUCUGCUCGGAACCCGGAGCCGCGUUGCGAGAGUCACCGCGGGAAGCCGCCACCAUGUCGGUCCCCAGCGCGCUCAUGAAACAGCCGCCCAUCCAGUCCACGGCCGGGGCCGUCCCGGUGCGCAAUGAGAAAGGUGAAAUUUCGAUGGAAAAAGUGAAGGUCAAGCGCUAUGUGUCAGGAAAGAGGCCAGACUAUGCCCCUAUGGAAUCAUCAGAUGAGGAGGAUGAAGAAUUUCAAUUCAUUAAGAAAGCAAAAGAACAAGAAGCGGAGCCUGAGGAACAGGAGGAAGAUUCAUCUAGUGACCCUCGGCUCCGGCGUUUGCAGAACCGCAUUAGUGAAGAUGUGGAAGAACGGUUGGCUCGACAUCGGAAAAUAGUAGAGCCAGAAGUAGUAGGAGAAAGUGACUCAGAAGUAGAAGGAGAUGCUUGGCGUGUGGAACGAGAAGAUAGCAGUGAAGAAGAGGAGGAAGAAAUUGAUGAUGAGGAAAUAGAGCGGCGCCGUGGCAUGAUGCGUCAGCGAGCACAAGAGCGAAAAAAUGAAGAGAUGGAAGUCAUGGAGGUGGAAGAUGAGGGACGUUCUGGGGAGGAAUCCGAAUCCGAAUCUGAGUAUGAAGAGUAUACAGACAGCGAAGAUGAGAUGGAACCCCGCCUCAAGCCAGUCUUCAUUCGAAAGAAGGACAGAGUAACAGUUCAAGAACGUGAAGCUGAAGCAUUAAAACAGAAGGAACUGGAACAGGAGGCAAAGCGCAUGGCUGAGGAGAGACGCAAGUAUACACUCAAGAUUGUGGAAGAGGAGACCAAAAAAGAGCUGGAGGAGAACAAGCGGUCCCUGGCUGCACUGGACGCACUCAACACUGAUGAUGAAAAUGAUGAGGAGGAAUAUGAGGCAUGGAAAGUUCGUGAGCUCAAGAGAAUCAAGAGAGACAGAGAAGAUAGAGAAGCACUUGAAAAGGAGAAGGCAGAAAUUGAGCGCAUGCGAAACUUGACUGAGGAAGAGAGGCGAGCAGAACUUCGGGCAAAUGGUAAAGUCAUUACCAACAAAGCUGUCAAGGGCAAAUACAAGUUCUUACAGAAGUAUUAUCAUCGUGGUGCCUUCUUCAUGGAUGAAGAUGAAGAAGUUUACAAGAGAGAUUUCAGUGCACCUACUCUUGAGGAUCAUUUCAACAAAACUAUUCUUCCCAAAGUUAUGCAGGUCAAGAACUUUGGGCGCUCUGGUCGUACCAAAUAUACCCACCUUGUGGAUCAAGACACCACCUCCUUUGAUUCAGCCUGGGGUCAAGAGAGUGCCCAGAAUACAAAGUUCUUUAAACAAAAAGCAGCAGGGGUAAGAGAUGUAUUUGAACGGCCGUCUGCCAAGAAGAGGAAAACGACUUAAGAGUUCAACCAUUUAUUCCAACUAAGGAACGAAGGAAGUUUCAGCAUCCGUCCUUGAUUUGCUUUUUAUCAUUAUUUACAUGGACCUUGUAUCCGUCCUUUUGGAAUUCCUGCCAUACUUGUGACAUUGGGUGAUGCAGUAAAGAUGCUUCAUGAGGUUUGGACUCGCACUGAAAAGCCCACAGAAAAGCACUAUCCAGUCAGGAUUAGAAGAUAUUUAAAACUUUUUCAGAGACCUGGGAUUACUAAAUUCAUGUGGACUAUUCCAAGUUUUUCUUAGCUUGUAUGAUGAAUGUGAAUAAAUAGACAAUGCAUUUUACAGAAAAUUCUUGAAA